ACAUUAAGGAAUAACCCAUUACGAGACUAUAGUAGGGGAAUAGCAUGUCCUCCAUGGAGUUGUCAAUGAAUGUUUUUUCACUCGCCUGAGUAAAUUAGGAAACUCUUUACGGUUCCAAAUUGAAGGCGGUAGCAUGAACGAGGACGUAGAAUGGAGUCUCCGCCCACGUGCUCUGGUUGGUCGGAAGUGUUUGCCUCGAGUGAUGACAGCGGUUUGCUGCUGACCAACACCUUCAGUGGCUCCAUGUCUAGCAGCAGUGGCGAUUGCCAGUUUGCCAUGGAGCUUCCAGAGAGUGAUGGAGAUGGGAAGUCCGUGUCGCAGGAUGAAUCGGUUGACUUCUCGGAUGAUGCAUGCUGCGAGGACUACAGCACUUUGAAGAAAGGCCCCAGCUGGCAAGCAAGCAAGCACAUCGUGCCUAUCGAUCCUCCACCGGAGUUCCAGGACAGCCCUCCGUCUCCACAGUCGGAACCUUGCCGAUCGGAAGCGGUCGUCCCUCCGUUGCUCGGCAGUGACAUCGCCUGCUGCUUCAUGGUGCACUGGAUGGAGAAGUUUGCCUGCAAGUUCGUGUCUGCCCUUCUGGAAGAGGCAUUGUCCAUCUCGUGCAAAGUAGCGUGGUCCAUUCACUGCUCCCAGGAAUGCCACCGCUCGGAGCAGCGCCCUCCACCCCGGGGCCUGGCCUCCCGGUGGAGUGGCCCACGCCUGUGCUGGACCCCAGAGCUGCUGUCCUUCAGCCCCUGCCACAACCGGCCUGGCUCCCGGGCCUCCCUCGUGUCCUCUCGCCUCUCCAGCUCCCACAACUCUUUAUCCAUGCCGGCUGCCAACCGUGUCGACGACUCCAGCUUCAUCACGUCCGCCAUGUCGCACGACCUCCUCACCGCCAGCGACAUAAGCGACAUGUACAACGUGCCGUUCGACAGCGACAUCUACGCCGUCCCCAUCGACGUGGUGCGUCCCGAUGAGAUGCCUUCGCGGCCUCGCAGGCCGCAGCGGCACCACCGCAAGCGUCGUCGGCACGCAUCAUCGUCCAGGUCGGAUUCUUUGCGCCCUUACGAUUCCAGGAACAAAGUGUCCCUCCUGCCCAGGCCGGUGCUGGUCACCCCGGACUUAUCUUCCGAAGGCGGUGUGAAGCGCCACAGCGUCCCAGGCACGUCAACUGUUCGGCAGCCGAGCCCCGCCCGCACGGAGCCCAUUCACAUGACCCUUCAUGAGGUGCGUCAGUACCUGCACAACUUGUACUCUAGUUCCAGUGACUCGUCGGACAACAGAGGAAAUGCAAAACAACCGGUGAUGCUAGCUGUGAAGCAGAUGCAGAAUAACAAGUGUCAAGCUAAAGAUACUUACUUGGAACAUAAGUCUGCUCCUAGAAGUGCUAAUGGUAAUAUUUGUAAAAACAACAGCAUCAGGAAAACCAAAAAAACCUUUAUGAUUAAUAUUAAAAAUAAAAAGGCCAAAGAUUCGUGUGAUUUCUCAGUCAGAGAUAGCGCAAAGCUAGAUUUAAAUGGGGAAGAAAAAGACAGGUUAAAGAAACCCUCUUCUAAGAACAGUUUUUCUAGCAACUUAAAACAGACAUUGUGCAGUAUAUUCAGGAUUCGUAAGCUAUCAUCCCCAGAUCACACCACCACCAAGAAAGAGGUGGUUCGUGAAGUGGAGGAUGUGAUAGUGAGCGUGCCCAGUGCGCUAGUCGAGGAAGACUUCCAGGAGCAGGCCGAGUCACCUGUGGGAGAGGUGCGGAAGCCUCCGUUCUUGAAGCGCGCUCUCCCGCCGCUUCCCAGGAGGGUCGACAUGGAGGGGUUGAUCUCUCCUCUCUCUUCGCCUGGGGAUCAGGAGCUGAUUGCAGAAGAACCCAGCAUGGAUUUUGCAUCCAGUAUUGAGAAAGUCAAAGAUUAUGGUUGGUAUUGGGGUCCCAUUUCUGGCGAAGCUGCUGAAAAGAUUUUGUCCAAUGAGCCAGACGGAUCAUUUAUUGUGCGGGACAGUAGCGAUGACCAUUACAUCUUCUCUCUCACUUUUAAACUGAAUGGCGUCAUUCGUCAUGUCAGGAUUGAGCAUGAUCAGGGAAAUUUCAGCUUUGGCAGCUCCACGAAGUUCAAGAGCCACACGAUUGUGGACUUCAUAGAGAACGCAGUGGAGCACUCCCGCAGCGGUCGCUACUUGUUCUUCCUCCACCGCCGGCCAGUGCUCGGGCCAAUGAGAGUGCAGUUGUUGCACCCUGUGUCUCGCUUCAAGCAAGUGCAAAGCCUUCAGCAUAUGUGUAGGUUCGUGAUCCUCAAGCUGGUGCGGAGAGACCUGAUCCCAACACUGCCGCUGCCCCGCCGACUCAUCGACUACCUGAGCACGCCCCACUACUACUCGGAGCAGCUGCUGGAGGACGACCGGGGCUCCUCCAAGGGGCCGUCCCCGUCCACAGACGACGUAGGGCUGGUGUCCUUCGCGCCGCAGGGUCUCUCCUGAGGCUCGCUCCUUCUGGACCUUGUAGAGCCACGUCCCUCUCUCGCCGCGGGCUGGCACCGCCGAGACUAGCCGUCUGACCGAUAGUGCAGUUACCUGCUAGCACUUUCAAACCUCCAGAUGUGUGAACAGUGUUGGGGGUGUGUUUCACUCUCUAGUAGGCUACACCACGUAACACCUACUUACUUACGUGCAUCCUUUUAAAGUUACUUUAGCCUUUAUGGACUAUUGUUUUAAUUUCAAACAUGCUGCCCUUUAACAGACUGUAUACAUGGGUUAUUUUUUACUGUCUUUAGCGGUAUUCAAAAAUAGAUCAAAGUUUGCCAGUACAAUGAAUUUUUUAAUUAUUAUGUUUAAAUUUUUUUGAAGUCAAUCCAAAUAUUAUGAGCAGUAUUAGUAAGGUUACUUUUAUUCAUCUGAUUCACGUCAUACGUGAACAUGGGGCAUAAAGUCAUGUACAGUAGCAGUGGUACCAGUUGUUGACAGAUUAGAUUUCAGGUUCAUUGCAAAGUGUUAUCGUAAACUCAGCUGCAUAUUGAGAUCAGUUUCUUACCUUUCCCUUUAGUGAUUUCAGUGAUACAAAAUUUAGGAAACAUGAAAUUCCCCAUUUUAAAACUUUUAGGGUUUUAUGUGUUGUAUUGGAUAGUUGUGGAAAGGAGUUGCAUGUUUUAGGUUUUGCAUAUUUCCAAUCCAUACCUAUUAUAUAAAUUUGCUUUAUUAGGUUAUGUGAUAAAUUUUUUUUUUAUUAAAUCAAA